UCUAGCACCGUUCCCCACUAAAGAUUUCGACCGUGGACGUUCGCCACUGUGGAAGAUGUGUUUCUGGUUAGGGAUACAUUCUCUCAGUCCAGCCGUAGGCGCUACCGUUUAAAAAAAAAUUGCUUUACAUCGGUGCUGGACUCGGUGUAAAUACAUAACAACGGAUAGUGUAUGUAAACAUGUGACAUUUUCUCUCUCGGACUUGGUACGUGACUGCCACCAUGAAACAGUUUCGACGUACUUGCUGAAUAGUCAACGUGGUUCGCGCUAGAGUCGCGGUGCGCCUGUUUCUCAGUUUCCUGACGCGAGUGCAACGAAAACCGAUACAUCUGGGAUAUAUUACCUCAUUCUCCAAGUUUGGAUUAUGCAGCUGAACUAGGCGGGGGAGCGGCGCGGCUGCAGACGUCUCGCGGUAGCCCUGACGCAGUGGCCGUCCUAUGAGCGCAGCCGCCGGGUGACGCCGCCGGGGCCAUGGAGCAGCAGCCUCAGCACCAGGUGCAGCUGUCUCACGACGCCAGCGCCGGGCAGGCGGCGCAGCAGCAACAGCAGCAGCAGGCGGCGCAGCAGCAGGCGGCGCAGCAGCAGGCGGUGGUGGCCGUGCAGCAGCACCACCAGCAGCAGGCGGUCAUGGUGCCCACGAGCGGCAUGCAGCAGAUAGCGCAGCAGGUGGCGGUGUCGAUGCAGCAGACGCCGACGGCCAUCGCGCCGGCGCCGACCCCGCAGCAGCAGCAGCAGCUGCAGCAGGCACAGCAGACGCAGCAGCAACAGCAGGCUCAGCAACAGGCACAGCAGCAGGCGCAGCAGCAGGCGUCGCAGCAGCAGGCGCAGGUGGUGGCCGGAGCGCCCGCCAUCACCACCAUGUCGACGCUGCACCAGCCGCUGGCGCCCGCGACGCCCCAGCCCCAGGCCGCGGCCCCGCAGCAGGUCCACGAGUGGGGGCACGGCAGGGUGCAGGUGAUCCAGCAGCCGCUGCAGAACCCGACGUACCUGCAGCAGCUGUACAACACGCAGGGCCAGCUGCUGGUGCCGGGCAACCUGCAGCUCCACCCCGCGCCGCCCGGCAUGAACCCCUCCUCCAUACACGUGAUCGCCGCGGGAAAACCCUUCCCGGCCAACCAGCUGCCGCCGCAGAUGAUCACCGCCCAGAAGUCGGUGCUGCAGGGGCAGGCAGCAUCUUUCCCCGGCUACGCGACGAUACCGACGACGACGAACCAGACGCUGGUAAUCAGUCAGCUGGGUGUGAUCAGCAACCAGCCCAACAUCCUGCCGGCACACUCCGCGGCAGGGGGGAAGCCCACUGACGUGCAGAAGACGGCGUACGGCAGUAACGCGGCCGCCAGUCGGCGCUCUCCGCACGCCGGCAAGUACCAGCAGGCACCCGGGCGGCAGGCGCUGCAGGCGUCGCGGCCCGGCGGUUCGCAGCACCAGCAGGCGGUGCGGCAGGUGGCGGCGAGCCAGGCGCACCACGGCCACGCGCAGCAGCCUCCGCACUCGCAGCACGCCGUCGCGUCUUCGGGCUUCGUGGUGUCGCAGCCGCAGGCGCAGCAGCUGGUGACGACGCAGGCCCCCUCGGUGCUCGGCGCGGGACAGGCCCAGUUUCUGUCGCCCAUCCAGGGCGCGGCGCAGCCGAUGCAGUUCUCGCCGUGGCAGUUCGCGGGCACGACGGGGCUGCCGCAGGGCAUCGCCUGGGCGGCCACGACGCCCGGCGCGCUGCAGUCGAGCACGGCGCUCUUCUCCGCGCAGAACCCCAUCUUCAUCAGCCGCAGCGGACCGGGCGCCCCGGGCGGGGACCCGAACGCGACUGCGGCGAGCGUCUUCCUGCAGAGCCCGCCCCCGCAGCUGCAGCAGCACUCCCAGCUGGCGCAGGCGAGUGUGCAGAGCGUGACGCAGGUGGCGGCCGCCCCCGUCCAGGGGAAGCCGGGGGGCGGCGGCGCUGCCAGCGGUGUGCGGCCGCUGUCCAACAUCCUGCCCUCGACCGCGACUACGACGACAAACCGGCCGGCGUCGUCCGUGUCGACGCAGACGGGUGGCAGUGUGACGGCGUCCCAGAUGAGCCAGGCGCAGGUGCAGACGCAGAAGGUGCAGAUGAAGGGGCGCGCCAAGCCGGGCCUGAGCCGAGUCUCGCCCGCACCUGCAGUCACCCAGAAGGCCGACGCCGCCAACCAGACGAAGCCGCAGGGUGUCGUCCAGUCGGGCAUGACGCCACCCAAAUGCUCGAGCUGUUGCCGUUUGGAAUCGGAGCGGCAGACGUUCGGCACGUGUGUCGCAGUCGCGGCCGAGGACGAGCGGCAGCAGGUGACCCUGGGGCCGCCCGCGGCGGAGGCGCCCGUCCAGGCGGCAGCCCAGCCGGACGUGGCCGUCGGCCAGCAGCCCGUGGACGUCGACGACCCGGUCGCCGUUUCUGGUUUAACAGCCACGGGAGUCACUUCCACGAAAGAGGACACGAGACCAAAGACUCCCGGAAUACCGCCUGCACAGGAGCGUGACAUCCAGCCCGUGACGGCGAUGGAGUGCGACGACGCACAGGUUGCGGGCGUGCAGGCUACGCCCCCUCGCCCCGCGGCGGCGGCGACGCCCGCUCCGCCCGGCGCCGUAGCCCCCAACUGCCCGCCACAGCAGACGGACGGCGCGAACGCCAACAUCGCCCCGCCGCCACCCGCGCCCGCGCCUGCGUUGCCCACCCUCAAGAGGAGUCGCGGGCAAGAGGUGUUGACGCACGUCAUCGAGGGGUUUGUGAUCCAGGAGUCGUCGGAGCCCUUCCCGUCGCCGCCCCACAGCAGCGAGGACGACGAAGACGACGACGGCCACGGCCGCUGCAGGCCGCCGCGGCCCCCCGCGUCCCCGCCGGCGCGCCCCCUCGCCGCGGUCGGGCUCGACAACGUGGCGCAGCGCGCGGCGUCGCCGGACCGGCUGGCGGGAGAGCCUCAGCGCAAGAAGCCACUGAUGGAGGCGGACGCGUCGCGGUGCGAACACUGUGGCAAGACCGGCCUACGGGCAAAAUUCAAGAAGAGGUUCUGCACGCCAUCCUGCGCCAAGAGCAGCAAGAGGUCGGCGCUCCAGAGGGCGACGGCCGACGCGGCCGCCGCCGCUUCCGGUGCGGCGCAGGCGCAGGCGCAGACGCGGUCGCGGGCGGUCGGCGACGGCCCGGCGGCGGCGAACGCGAACGGCGACGGAGAGGUGCGGCGGCCGCUGCACCAGCAGAUCCUGACGCCGGCCGACCAGCGCGAGUGGCUGCGCGGCGCCAAGGACUGGCUCGUGCACGUGGGCUUUUGCCUGCACAAAAUAAGAGUGCCAUCAGAGUUCACACUGGUACCUCGAGUGACCAUUUGCCGAAGUAUGCAGUGCUGUAAAUCUGUAGUGGUACUUUACAAAGAAUCCUCCGCGACAGUCACUCUCGACCGUACCUGGGCAGAUACUGAUUCCCCGGUGCCUUCCGUCUCCGCACAGAACGCCACCGGGGCGAGUGCACCGACGCGGUCCUCUUCGUCGGCGUCGACAGCGCCGCUGGGAGCCGAGAGCGCGGGUGACGAGACGGAGGACUCCGGCGCGGAGAGCUUCGGCGCCGACAGCGGCGUGCACGCGGGUCUCGCGGCACCCGGCUCCGGCGCCGCGUCCGCCGUCAUGGACGAGCAGUCGCAGGACAGCUGGGCCAGCUCGAACAAUGCCGGCACCGACAACAACGGCAACCCCGCCGCCGCCAACAACAACAACGACGACGCUGCGAACCGGCAGCCCAAGGUCAACCCGCUCAAGUGGUCGGUGACGGAGGUGUGCGAGUUCAUCAAGGGGCUGCCCGGUUGCGCGGACUACGUAGAGGACUUCGCCAUCCAGGAGAUCGACGGGCAGGCCCUGAUGCUGCUCAAGGAGGACCACCUCAUGUCGGCCAUGUCGAUGAAGCUCGGCCCCGCGCUCAAGAUCUGCGCCAAGAUCGACACGAUGCGCGGCGCCGUGGGCGAAGGCGCGCCCGCGGCCAACGGCCCGGCGGUCGGCGUCCCCGUCUCCAGCCCUACCAAGUAGCUAGCGUCCGCGUCGGCGUGUCGAGAGCUCUCGCACCGGGACAGAGCGUGACGGCAUAUCCGUGCGAAAGAGGUAGCCUCUCCCGGUUCGACAUUUGAGCGACGAGAUACCUCGGUCGCUUCCUGUCGUCGUGUGCGUUUAAUACUUUUGGGAUCGGCAGUGUACGGCGGCAGAGAGUGUGACCCGGACGGACCGUUACGAGACGGGAGGAAUACGUGUGACGUCUAAUGUCUUCAAACCCCUGUGAAACGUGCAGCAUUUCAGUUCGGCAUUUCUAGUUAGGCCGCACUGAUCCACAGUUUAUGUCUCCUGUGGGGGCCGCUCUCAAAAUAGCCCCCCCUUCAGACCCAUUUUUGUAUCCCCUUUCUACAGUGAGGGAUCUUUCGGAGUACAGUCAUCAGUGCGACACGUGUGAAUUUGUGCUAGGAAAUUUAAGGGUUUCAAAUUCUAUACACACUCUCGUUGGCACUGUGGGGGUUUAAACGGCCACAGAUUCGCGCGUAAUACUCCUCGUAGAUGACUGUGGCCCUAAGUAUCCGACGGCCUCAGUCCGAAGGCUGACGGAGGACUUUUCACAGCUGUGGCUGUCGGUAACUCGGACGGGGGAUAGCGGCAGCUGUGAGGUGUCGGCCAGAGCACUCCUGAAGUGCACGGCACAUUCGGAAGGGAGCCAGUGUGUCACUACAGACUCUGCAUACAGGACGGUAACUGCCACUGCAUCCCCUUUGCUGCACUGGCUGUACGUUUGGAGAAACCCUGCCCCCCUGUGGUCACAAAUUGCGACAUUUGGCGAAAUCUCGACCGGGCUACCGAGAUACCUCUAAUAUUACACUUUUGACAAAACUCGUGGCUCGCAGAGUUGAAAGUAGAACUUAUUUAUCUUGCAAGUGCUUUGUAUUUGUGUGCUAUUGUGACUAGAAAUUUCGUUAAUUCCACACUACCACACACGUGUACUCUAUUCUGAAUACUACUUUCAGAUUACUUGACAAUUGUGCUAGUUUUGAGCUGAUUUUGUGCAAGCCAGAUAAACCUACCUUUUACUGGAUGCCAUUACGUGUGGUUCCAGUGACAUCUUUGACACCUGUAUUCCUGUUUUGCAGGAAAAAAGUGUACUCCAAAUUAAUGUAACAUAUGUUCCUUUGCGACAGACUCGUUCCCAUUCUUAUCAGUUAUUAUUGACAAUGAGGCUGAGGAAAUGGGUCCAAAGGAGAAAUGGAAGCAGUGUUUUGUUUGCUGUGGAAAGGAGUGUGUUUCGUAAUCGAAACGGUUCUGUAAUUUGUGUAGAUUUUUCUCGAUCAGCAUGUUACUUAUUAAGAGAUGUGUGUUUUAUGUUUAUUGUGUAGGAAACUGUAAAGGACUUCAUUGGCUGUGACAUGAUAUGUUGACUGUUUGUAUAUUUUUUCCUUGUUUUUUUGAAGCUCUACCAGUAGAUUUGUUGUUCAUUUGUAUACAUUUACAACUUGUAUGUUUAUCUGCGCGUGCGUGUGUGUGUG